CCUAAUCUCAUCAGCUCUCCAUUGGGACGCUGCAUCAUCCGUAACUUUUGUGGUAUUCUUAGUAUUUGUCCCGUGUGAAGCGGUGGCCCUUUGGACUGCGUGUACGAUGAGCAUUUGAGAGCACUGGAGCGAUGGCGAGUCGCAACUGCACACGGACGCGGACCUCUUUCUUACUGCACUUUGUCCUCUUUGCGAUUUGCUGCUUGGCCACCCGCAGCACCGCCGCCAGGAGGUCCAGUGCCAGGAGAGCUGAUCGUCUGAGUCCUCCGUUGGACAUCCAGUUGGAGAGCGUCAACUGCAGUGCCUUCAGCGUGCGAUGGAAGAUGCCACGGAGACAUGUCAGCACCAUCACCGGAUACAAGAUAUUCUACACUGAGUUGAAAAAUGGCCGUCCCCUAGGUACAGCCUCUGUAAAGGAUGUCCCUCUUAGUGUGGAUAUGCUGACUACGGGCCAAUUUGAUGGACAGGCAAAUUUUGAUGUGGAUAUAGGUAACCUAAAGGUGAACACCAAGUACCGAGUGAGCGUCGGUGCCUACGGUUGGGCCGGCGAGGGUCGACCCAGUAUGCCCCGAGACGUCGGCACGGCCUCACAUGAUACGUGCAUGCCACCUUCUCCCCCGACCGAGCCCAUCGUUGUGGCGAUAUCCGACACGGAGUUGGCGUUGUCGUGGCAGCAAGGGGAGAGCGAGGGCAGCGCGCCCAUCCGCCACUUCCUGGUUGCUUACAUCAGGCCGGAAAUGGACACGGAGUGGACAUACAUCCGUGAGCCCAUCGAGAGCAACUCCAUGGUUAUGAAGGGCCUCAUACCCGAGACCGAAUACCAGUUUGUCGUCCGAGCCGUCAACGUGCACGGGGCGAGCCCGCCAAGCCACGUCAACAAUCCGGUGCGCACCCUGGGGUCACGUGUGCUGCAGGUCACCCAAACUGACUUCGAGGUACACCUUGGACUGGUCGCCAGCCAUUUGCAGUGUAAGUAA